AUGGAUAACAACGAGGCGACGCGCCUGCUCCACGCGCGGAUAUCCCAGCUGGAGCAGGAUGCUGCGGGAGAGAAGGACCAAGAGCUGGAGAUUGAACGUGAAGUUAAGAGGGCGAACCGUGAUCUGCUACAACAAGUCUCUAAGAUGGAUAACAUGCAGAAAAUCGAUCACCUCACCAAACGGUCCAGCGAACUUUUAGCAGAUAUGCGACGACUAGAGCGAGAAAACCAGAAGAAUAAGCGACGUGGAGACAAUUUACAGAAAGAGAGAGAUGCCAGCCGUACGGAACUUAGCAAGACUGUCGGGCUUAAAGAGAAGUUGGAGAAGCUAUGUCGCGAACUCCAACGGGACAACAACAAGAUGAAGAACGAGAACAAGGAACUUCAGACAACCCAAAAGCGUAAUAACACCCAUUGGGACGAGAAGUACGCUACUCUAUUAUCGAAGCUCGAAGGGUAUCAGGAAGAAAAAGAUACUCCGAAGAAGCAGGUAGUAGAUAUGGAAGUCGACGAGCUUUUCCGAGUCCGUUUCAAGACCUUUAUCGAACAAUACGAGUUACGAGAGUUGCAUUUCCAUUCUCUAAUGCGGACCAAGGAGCUCGAGGUCCAGUACCAUAUGGCGCGAUACGAACGAGAAAAGAAGAACGCAGAAGGAGAGUCGACCAAAGCCCGACACCUCCAAGCGCAAGUCCAAGCUUUUACCAAGACGGAAACUGAGCUCAGAAAUCAGCUCAAUGUCUACGUGGAUAAGUUCAAGCAGGUGGAGGAUACCCUGAACAAUAGCAACGACUUAUUCCUGUCGUUCCGCAAGGAAAUGGAGGACAUGUCGAAGAAGGGCAAGCGUUUAGAGAAGGAGAACGAAGCCUUGAAGCGCCAGAAGGAGGCGGCUUCCGCUAACAUCAUCAAAAUGGCGGAAGAUCGACAGGACUGCAAGAAGAAGCAAGAAGAGGCCGAAAAGAAGACCGCGAAGCUCAGGAGCAUCAUCCAACAAAUGCAGGAACAAGGCCGCAAGAUACCAUCCGGUAUGGCCAACACUGUCGAGAGCUGUUAUUCUGAUAGCCACGGUGGUAACGAGGGAGACGAAAGUAACUACUCCGAAGAAGAUGGUGACGAGGAAGAGCUUAGUGAGUUCGACGACGACACCGAGGAGGAACCACAAGGCAACGAUCAAGGAACGCCAGUAGCAUAUGGCCCCGAACGUCCUCCUCAACCAGUUGCUUCGGCCGCGACAAACGGGCACUAG